AUUACAAUAUUGAAAGUAAAUAUUUUUAAAUUGACUAUUCAUAUGUAUUUUUGAAUACUCAAUUAAUAAUGGAUAUAGAGAAUAUUAAGAGCUGGGUAUCACAGCCAGAUGUUUGUCGGUGUUGCCUUUCAGCUAACGGCAUCUGGGAUAUGACCGCUUCAUAUGUGACCGGAUCUGGAAUUAAAGAAGUCUACAAUGAAUUACUUCAGGAAUGCUAUGGAAUUACUCUAUCACAUGUGACACAAUGGGGACCCAGCCGUCUCAUGUGUUCAGUAUGUGUGACACAUCUGCGAGAUGCAAACAGUUUCCGGGAACAGGUGCUCCAAGCUGACAGACACUUUAGUGCUUAUUGGAAUAAAUCUGACUAUUGUCCAUAUAGAUUUGUAAGUAUACAUUUUAAUUUGAUUUCAGAACAAUUCAGUGACUUACCAGAUAAGUGUGAAAUUGAAGAUAGUCCGCUUCCAGAGGCUCUGUUCACUGACGACGAAAGCAACAUUACACUGAAUAACUACAAAAGUACAGAGAUACAGAAAUCGUUAAGAAAGAGAGGGAAGACUGAAGCGAAAUGUAAAAGAAAGAGACAAAGAUUGAAUUCAGAUAAUGAUUACGACUCAGACGUGCCUAUUUCGUUGUUGGUGAAGGACGAGGAUAUGGAGAAACUUAAAAGGAAGAAAGAGACAGUUGUAGAAACCAAAGGGCAACAACACACAAUUGGCGUGAAACUAGUUUCGGAGCGCAAACGCGUCAUGCUGACCUGUUGUGCAAUACUGAGAGAUACCACUGCAUGCCCUUUCCGCCACCACAAGAGCUGGUUCCAAUGUUUCUUUUGCUCCCAAGACUUUAUGGAAAUAAACCUCCUUCGAAAGCACACUCUAGGAACGCACUCGGACGUGGAGGCAGAAUUAAAAAAAAUAAAACGCUACCCGCGCUCCCUCCAAAUCGAAAUUUCGAAUUUGGAAUGCCGCCAUUGCAAUUUGAAUUUGACAGAUGUCGAUUCCAUGCGGCGCCAUCUUGGCGAAGUACACGGCAAAGUUAUUUACAGGGAAUGUAUCGCGGAUUACAAAGUCGACGCUAGUCCGUACUCGUGUCAUUUAUGUAAACGCGAAUUCCACGUGUUCAGAACAUUAACGACUCAUCUAAACGAGCACUACGCGAACUGUAUAUGCGAUGUAUGCGGUAAAUCGUUUCUAAAUUCAAAAAGACUUAAGGUUCAUAAACGCACGCACGAAAACGGCCAGUUUCCAUGUAGCGAGUGCGGGAAAAUAUUAAAAACAAAAACAUCCAAAGCUAAUCAUAUGGAAAGCGCGCAUUCCAAGCGACAAUUGAAGUGUCAGAUAUGUUUAGAGCCAAUGAAACAUUAUAACGAUAGAAUAAAACAUAUGUCUGAAGUACAUAACAUUACGCAUAAGUUCCUUUGCCCGAUUUGCGGCCGGGAGUAUAAAAUAAAACAUUACUUGGCUACGCAUAUUCGUCAAACGCACGGUAAUAAAAAUAAAAAGUGUAUAGAAUGCGGCAUGGCGUUUAUUACUAAUCAUGGUUUAAAAAAACAUAUGUUAAAACAUACAGGGGAGAAACCAUUUAUUUGUAAUCUGUGCAAUAAAUCAUACGCUAGGAACUAUACUUUAAGGGAACAUAUGAGGGCUCAUGAUAACGUGACGGCCUCGGUGGUCUAGCGGACCACACCGCUUUACUUCCGAUGGUUGUGGGUUCGAAUCCUCGCACGGUGCGAACGUUUGUAUACAUGAGUAUGAUUGUUUGUAUCUAUCUGGGUGAUUCCUAUGUAUAUAAUGUGUUUACAAAAAAAGAAAUCUAAGUAUUUAUAUCAGUUGUUAAGUACCCAUAACACAAGCUCUGCUUACCGUGGGACUAGAUGGCGCUGUGUUAAUUGUUCAGGGUUAUUUAUUUAUUGUAACAAUAC